CCGCGACUCAGUGCGGAGGAAAAUGAACGCGGCCAUGUCGUGCUGAUCGGAGCUGUAGAGAAAACCACACAAAGAGCGAAACAAACGUCGUGCAGUCGGUCGGAACCGUGAAUACGGGCGAGAGCAGGAGUCGAGCAGCCGCGCGGCAGUCACUUAAAGCGGAAGGAUGAGCGGAGGGACGCCUUAUAUCGGCAGCAAGAUCAGUCUGAUCUCAAAGGCCGAGAUCCGAUAUGAGGGAGUUUUAUACACCAUCGACACUGAGAACAGCACUGUGGCUCUGGCUAAAGUCAAGUCCUUUGGCACUGAAGAUCGCCCCACGGACAGGCCAAUCCCCCCUCGAGAGGACAUCUUCGAGUACAUCAUAUUCAGAGGAAGUGACAUCAAAGAUCUUACUGUGUGCGAGCCCCCUAAACCCACCUGUAAUCUUCCUCAGGACCCCGCCAUCGUGCAGUCCUCUCUGGCGACCACUGCUGGCCCAGCGGCUCCUUCAUUUCAAUCCUACACCCCCUUCAGUCGGGCACCCGUGGCUCCAUACAGCCAGUUCAGCCCCAGCGCACUGGUCCCACAGCCGUUCGGAGCAGCGGUCACUGGCGGAAACAGCUCAGGUCCUGCGUUCAGCACCGAGGCGAGCGGUACCGCCCCUCUGCCCCAGAGCUCUGCUUUCACCCCGCGCACUCGCUCUCUGAGCAUGCACAAACCCGAAGGUCGUGCCAGUCCGUCUCUAGAGCCUGUGAGAAAGAGCCCGACCCUGGAUCAUCCAGUACAGAGCGCACCGGUCAAAUCUACCCCACCUGCAGGCGGUUCAUUGAGUCAGAAGAGCUCCGCAGCCGCCCGACCUGCUGCCAGCACCCAGAAACCUGCAGAGAACCAGGAGCAGAACAAGGUAUCUGAUGUUGAGAAGGCUGCUCGCACGGAUACAGACUCGAACAGGUCUGAUAACAAAGAUCAGAACAAACGCCAUUCUGGUGGUGGCGCUCCUCCUGGCAUAAGAAGGGGGCGUGGCAGUGCGGGUGGAGGUGGAGGUCAGCGUGGUAGGGGCAGGUUUAACGGACGUAGAGAUGGACCAAUGAAAUUCGAGAAGGACUUUGACUUCGAAACUGCCAACGCCCAGUUUAACAAAGAGGAGAUCGACCGGGAGUUCCAAAACAAACUCAAGAUUAAAGCAGAUGAUAGUGAGAAAGUGGAGAAGACCCUGAACGGAGAGGAGAAGACGGAUUCGGGUGUGGAGCCUCAGAACAGUGAAGUCAAUGCUAAUGAGGGCGAUCCACUGGGACCCAACUGUUACUAUGACAAAUCCAAGUCUUUCUUCGACAACAUCUCUUGUGAUGAUUCAAGAAAGGAGAAAUCAGGAGGAGCUUAUGGGAGGGAACGGAGGCAGACCUGGGCGGAGGAGAGACGGAUGAACUCGGAGACCUUCGGUAUUCCUCUGCGUCACGGUCGGGGACGCAGCGGUUUUCGCGGCAGAGGCGGCAGCCCGGGCUUCCGUGGCGGUCGGGGUCGUGCGGCCAGCAGGGGCUCGUUCGCACCCUCUCGUGGUGGCGGGGUUGGAUUCAGAGGCGGGUUCAGAGGGGGCAGAGGAGGCCGCGAGUUCUCUGACUUUGAGUACAGGAAGGAGAAUAAAGUGUCAGCGUAGUUGAAGCCGACGAUGACGACAUCAUCCUAACAGCCAAGAAUCUCCUGUCACGCUCCUCACAGUGAAGAUUAAUGCUUUGACUCACAGGUCCAGCCUCUCUCUGUUCAACACCAGCACGGGUGUGACCUGCGUUCAGCUGCACAUGCAGAGUUCUCUUGCUUUUCUCCUUUUUUAGAAAAAAAAGAACACCCCACAAUGUUUUUUGGAAACUUUUGACAUUCGUUUGAUGCAUUCGGAGGGGAAACGAGAAUCUAUCUACGAAUCUUCCGUGGAAUUAUUGUAAUUAUUAUUAUCUGGUAUUUUUGCAUUGAUCCUUCAGUUCCUUUCUAAAUAAUCAGGAUGGUCUUUGAUAGUAUUCAGUUUGUGUGUUCUGAACCCCGCUGAUACUGUGAGCGUUCCUCCCUCAAAUUGUUUUGUUUUUCGGAUCUGUUCUCUGUCUUUAGAAGCACGACAGCUUGAUCUAAUGGCCUGUAGGGAUUGUGUCAGACGUAAAUAAAACCAAAACCACCUUAAAGAAAUCAAUAUUCAGUUCAACUUCAUCUCGAGGGCCUGUUGGAUUUUAAAGAGGACAUCUGUGCUCAUCUGUCUGUGACAGAAAAUCUAGGUUGAAUUCAUAUAUAUAUAUAUUGUCGUUUAGGGUGCGUUUUUAAUGGUUAAAGUUAACCCCUUGAUUUAUUUUCUAUCAAUACAUUUUUUCAUUCGUUGAGUUCUCAACUUUGUACACUUCAGUAUCAAACAAAAGGUCAAUCUGCGUUCACUCAUUCACACAGACAUACUGAUUGAUGGUUGAAUAAUGAAUGUAAAGUCAAAAGAGUUUGUGUUAUUGCCUCCUCGUUCAGUCCUGAAAUCGUUUGAUUAUUCAUGCUGGAUGUCACUGCUCUAUCCUAUAUUUUGGUAAUCGAGUGCCACUUAUUCUUGCCUUCUGACGUCAAUUUUGUACAUUUCUGAGAGGACAUUUGAUUUACAGCCCUUAAUGCCAUUGGUCGACCCACAGACAAGCCCCAUUCCACGUUACAAGCCAAGAUCUUCAGGAAAGAUCCUGCGAACCCCUUUAACAAGAUUGGAUGUCUCAAAACUGUAUAAUUUGCACUUUAUAGUCGAAUAACGCCACCAUAUCUCAUUGAUGAAAAUAUGAUGUCAUUUCUUAAUUCAUACACAGGGAAUAUAAAGCUGAUUGGAAAGGAUACUUGUACCUACUUACAGUGUUUUUGCUUAAGGCAUAAAUGGAAUGGAUGAAUGGGGACAGAUUCGUUGCGUAUGUAAAAUGUUUUCGUCGCGAUCAGAUCUGGAUUCCGGAUCACUGUGUUUCACCUGAGAUCGUUGUCCAUAAAGGCUUUGUUGUGAAUAGUUGUGAGUGUACAUGUUGAUGUGUUACUUCCAGUACCAGACGUCUGCCGCUCUGUUAACGGAGUAAGAUGUUUGCCCAGCUCUCGCUGUCUUUUCCCUUUGAAUGCCACUGAAGCACUAGUUUCUGCACUGUUAGAUGAGUUCAUUUCGUUAUUUUCAUAAAAGAGUGUCUUGGUGUGCUUCGUUUUUUUAUAUAUUUCGUUUGAGAGAUCCAAAGACUGAAUGACCGAAACAUUUUAGAGGGGAAAGCAUCUUUGUUGGGUCUACAUAACUUUUCUCAUUUAUAUCCCCAGGAGUUUGUCAUCGAGCCCUCUUCGUUAUUGAUGCUGUACUUGUAUUAGCUAAAGCGGUCCCUUUAAAAAAGCACUACAGAGACCCCCUUCUAUAUAUUCAGGCAGCUAGUCGAAUGCACUCUGAUUGGCCACCGCAGUGAUCUCUCAGCACAGGGCGUGAUGGGAAAUUCUGAGUCGCAGAUGUUGGUGCUGAGCGGCUGAAAUUGGACUGGCGUGAUGAUGUCAAUUUUCAGGCCUAAUACAGUGAUGAAGUUUAACCUUGUAUAUGAGAUUUGAAACUGGACGGAUGCAUCGCUUAACAGGGUUGACGUUAUUUUGUUGUCGAGCCUCUGGAAGAAUUCGAAUGGCAAUUUUAGUUGCAUUUUGUUGUUUUCCUGAAUAAAUUGUGUUGUAGAGGUCUUCACACGGACAAACUGAGGUUUUUAUUCAGACGAGACAAAUAAAUAGUUGUUCAAUA